GGAGGGGAAAAGAGGGAGAGACACUUGACGCAUCGGAGUGAGUGAGCACACCAAGGCUUCACUUUCCAAUAUGCAACCUGCGAGACGCCACGCCGUCAGCUACUUGUGCUUCUGACACUGAGAGAGACAGAGAGGAGAGAGGCGGGGAUGGAGGUACAGUAGUGGAGCUGCACAGACACGGCACAGCCCGCGAAUGUAACGCCACACAAAAGAAAGAGCAGCAUCUUUGCGCACAAGUCAGGCGGAUAUUUUUUGGCCGGGAGCGUCGCCGCGACUCGACAGUGAUGUCUGUGUGCAGAAUUUUGUAUAGUGAUAAAACACGGAUUAAUCUGAGGCUGUGAAUUCCUCGGAGACAUUUACUGCUGUGAGGACAGAUUGGGAAACCAGAAAGGUGCAAAUCGGAUUCCAUACAUUUGUGAUUGGAUGUGAGACUACUUUGACCCUACAAAAUUGAAGAUGAUGUUGCUAUGGAAACUGCUGGUGCUGCAGUCACUUAUGGGGUGCCUUGCAGAGAGCAGUGUCCUGCAGAGUCCUGCCUUCACCAAGCAGCCCGGCAGCAUUGUGUAUCCUGUGGAGACUGUGGAGAAGAACAGGGAGGUGGUGUUCAGCUGUGAAGCCCAAGGAAGCCCACCACCUAUCUACCGAUGGAAAUUGAAUGGCACGGAAAUCAGUCCCAAAUCUGGAUCUCACUACAGCCUCUCUGGAGGCAACCUCAGAAUCAGCCAUCUGAACAAAGACCAAGAUGCUGGAACGUAUCAGUGCCUCGCCUCCAACUCUUUCGGGACCAUCGUCAGCCGAGAGGCCAGUCUAACCUUUGCAUACUUGGAAAACUUCAAGACUCACAGAAGAAGCUCUGUAUCAGUCCGCGAAGGUCAAGGAGUGGUUCUGCUCUGCGGCCCUCCACCGCAUUCUGGAGAUCUUGUAUUUUCCUGGAUCUUUAAUGAGUACCCGACAUUUGUGAAGCAGGAUACUCGUCGAUUCAUCUCACAGGAGACGGGGAAUCUGUACAUCGCCAAAGUGGAGCCCUCUGAUGUUGGCAACUACACCUGCGUGGUGACCAACACUGUCACAAAGACCCGAGUUCAGGGUCCACCCACUCCACUAGUGCUCCGCAGUGAUGGUGUGAUGGGUGAAUAUGAGCCAAAGAUUGAAGUUCAGUUUCCAGAGGUUGUUCAUGUUGCCAAAGGAUCCACUGUAAAGCUGGAAUGCUUCGCUCUGGGAAACCCAGUACCAUCUAUAAACUGGAGGAGAGUGGACAGUAUACCCUUCCCCAGGAAAGUAGACAUGAGGAAAGCCAGCGGCGUCUUGGAAAUCCCAUAUUUCCAGCAGGAGGACGCCGGCACGUACGAGUGUGUGGCAGAGAACUCCAGGGGAAUGAACACAGUGAAAGGGAAGCUCUCUUUCUACGCUCCUCCUCAUCUCAUUGAGAAACCCCAAGAUGUCCAGAAACUCAUUGAUGACUCGUUGGUGUGGGAGUGUAAAGCCACAGGGAAGCCAAAGCCUUCUUACAGGUGGAUGAAAAAUGGAGAGAACCUGGAGUCUGCGGAGGAACGCAUACAGGUUGCCAACGGAGCAUUGUCAAUCAGUCGUCUGACCCUGUCCGACACAGGAAUGUACCAGUGCGUGGCUGGGAAUAAGCACGGCGAGGUCUACUCCAAUGCGGAGCUCCGAGUAAUAGCUGUUGCCCCAGAUUUCUCCCACAACCAGCUGAAGAGCCAGACGCUGGUGAAGGUUGGAGGAGAUGUGCUCAUUGAGUGCAAGCCCAAGAUGUCCCCUUGGGGUGUGAUCUCCUGGCGGAAGGGCAACGAACCACUCCGGGAAAGUAACAGGGUCACCAUCUUGGACAACGGUAACCUUCGGGUAUGGAAUGCAACCAAAUCUGAUGCAGGUCUCUACACUUGUGUGGCAAGAAAUCAGUUCGGCAUAGCAAGCAGCACAGGAAGCGUCACAGUUAAAGAGCCGACCAUUAUCACCACCCUGCCGACCACGCUGGACAUCACAGUGGGGGAGAGCGUUGUCCUGCCCUGCCAAGUGAGCCACGACCCGUCACUGGAGCUCAAGUUCACCUGGUUCUUCAACGAGCAGCUCAUCCACUUCGGGAGCCACGGUGGAUUUUUUGAAAAAGUGGGAGGUCAGCAUUCGGCAGGAGACAUUAUGAUUCGAAAUAUCCAGCUGAGGCAUGCGGGGAAGUACACGUGCGCUGUGCAAACAAAGGUGGACAGCAUUUCCAUUGCUGUGGACUUGGUUGUCAGAGGUCCCCCGGGGCCCCCUACCAGCAUCCAUGUAGAAGAAAUCACUGAUACCACAGCCUCUCUGUCCUGGAGGCCUGGUCCCGAUAAUCACAGUCCAAUUACGGCAUACACCAUCCAGGCCAGGACACCAUUUUCCCUCGGGUGGCAGGCUGUCACCACAGUUCCUGAGGUGGUGGGGGGCCACCGGCUGACAGCUACAGUAAUAGACCUGAGCCCUUGGGUGGAGUACGAGUUUCGAGUCCUGGCAAGCAACAGCAUUGGGACCGGCGAGCCCAGCAAGCCAUCGAAACAAGCAAGGACAAAGGGGACCUCUCCGAAGGUCACACCAGCUAAUGUGAGUGGAGGCGGUGGCAGUCGCUCGGAAUUAGUCAUCACAUGGGAGCCAGUUCCAGAGGAGCUGCAAAAUGGACCAGGUUUUGGCUACGUUGUAGCUUUUCGACCCCAUGGAGCCACGGGGUGGAUGCAGGCUGCCGUACCAUCCGCUGAAGCAUCCAGAUACGUCUUUAAAAAUGAGAGCAUUCAGCCUUUCUCGCCUUUCCAUGUGAAGGUUGGGGUUUACAACAAUGAGGGGGAAGGGCCUUUUGGACCGGUUACUACUAUCUACUCUGCUGAAGAAGAGCCUGGCCGAGCUCCCACCAGGGUCCGCGCCAAGAGCCUCUCUGCAUCCGAGAUUGAAGUUUCGUGGAAAGCUCUGCCCUGGAAUGCCAGCAAAAAAAGAGUCCUGGGCUAUGAGCUGAGGUACUGGAGUAGAAGUGAAAGGGAAGACACGGCCAGUGUGCAAAAGACUGUAGGAAAUCAAACAUCUACUAUUAUCCGCGGGGUGAAAGGCAGCACCACAUAUUACAUCUCAGUGAGGGCGUAUAACACUGCAGGGACGGGUCCUCCCAGCACCACGGUCAACGUUACCACCAAAAAACCCCCACCCAGUCAGCCGCCAGUUAAAGUGAUGUGGAACACAUCAAACUCCAAGAUUAUAUUGAACUGGGAGCAGGUCAAAGCUCUUGAGAAUGAGUCAGAGGUCACUGGUUACAAAGUGUUGUACAAGAAGAAUCGACACAGUCGCCCCAACGUCAUGGAAACCAACACGACCUCUGUAGAGCUCGCUUUGCCUACUGACGAGGAUUAUAUCAUCCAGAUAAAGCCAUUUGGAGAGGGAGGGGAAGGCAGCAGUAGCAGGCAGAUCACUAUCCCAAGGCUACCAGGCCCAAACGCAGUCGGCUCAGCGUCCAAGGUCUCCACUCUAUCAGCCCUCAGUACAAUAGCACUGUCUUUCACAGCCCGGACAUCUUUAUGACAAACAGCUCCCAGCAGACGUUGCAUCUGAUGUGAAGACAGCUCCACGGCGGAACGCAAACACAGCCCACUCUGGUGUAACUAGAUCCAUUCAUUUAGAUUUUAGAGGCAGAGGGAAGAAAUAAAAAAAAACAAAACAUGCCAUUGAGAUGACAGGGAACGAGUCCCCUUCAGCACCCAGGCUAAGUAAAGGAGAUUGAGCGAUGUCGUGACUAUGUUGUUACCAAAGCAGCUUUCAUAAGAAAAAAAUAAAAUAAAGAGAAAAAUGUCUUAUAUGCAUCUUUUUGUAUGACAUGUUGAGCUUUUUAUAGAUUUUUUUUUCCUUAAUCAAUUUGAAGUCAGUCUGGGCUUACUGGGGUGAGAACAAUUAAGUGCAUGGCAAAUAACAUCAUCAAAUUUUCCAGUCUGGAGGUUAAGAAUGUGAUUUGAAGGAGCACCUUUUAUCUUCUAAAAUAAGAUGAUACUUGUAACUUUGGUUCUAACAGACUGAAGUGGUUUCUUUUUCUUCAAGUGAAUGAACUGUUAACUGUUAACUGUUACAUCUCUGCAUUUCUGUUUCUGCAAUAUUUUACAAAUAUUUCACUCGAAGGACUUCAUCGACAUGGGUGUUUGUCAUUAUUGGUCAUCUCAUCAAGUGCUGCAGGUGAAGAGAGGAUCAGCAUUUAAAAUGAUCUGUCUCCAGACAGCAUAUGCUAAUGCUUUACCAUACUGGUCAAGUGUUAGCCUUAGCAAACUGAAUGAAGUUAGCCAUCUUUAAUGUUUUCAAAAAAGUUCACUCUAAAGUUUUCUUUUUAUAUCUCAUGAGAAAAAGAGAAAACAAUACUAGCUUCAGGCUGUGCACAUUCAUCAAAUAAUGCUAACUGUCGCUAAUACCGUAUAGGAUAGUUUGUUUUAAUGCAAUAUUCACAUUCCAUAUGUAAAUUGAGUUAUGAGUCAUUAUAAUUAUUCCUCCUGUCCAUACUGGCCCUUUAUAGUAUGACUGCACUGCGCAAGAUGUGGCUAACAUGAGGCUUUAGCCGUCUGAGUUAGCAAAAUCAAAUAGCUUUUUCACCUUUUUUUGUUGUACGUCUUUUGUUGUACGUUUUUUGAUGUACGUCUGUCUGUACUUAAGUUUGUCCCAUUCUUGUGAAUGUGAUAUCUCAAAAACAUCUUGAGAGAAUUCCUCCAAAUGUGGCACAAAUGUCCACUUGGACGUAAUGAUAAAUUGAUAAGAUUUUGGUGGACAAAGGUCAAGGCCAGUGUGACCUUGCAUCCAUCUAAUUCUCAUGAAGGCAAUAACUCAAGAAGGCCUUGAGGGAUUUUUCUCAAAUUUGGCACAAAUUCCACUUUGACUCAAGAAUAUACUGAUUAGAAUUUAGUGGUUGAAAGUCAACGGUCAAGGUCACUGUGACCUCACAAAACAUGUUUUUGGCCAUAAAUCAGGAAUUUUUCACACAAAUGUCACAUGUCUAAUAGAAUAAAAUGAUGAAGUUAUGACAUUUUUUUUAAUUUAAAAGGUCAAAGGUCAACUUCAAUGUGACAACAUAAUGUUCUACAAAAACAUUUUCCUGGCCAUUACUCAGCGUCAUAUCUCAGGAACAGAAGGGGAGACUUUUGGUCAGAUACUGAAUUGAUGUUUGCGAAGCAUCCAUGCUUUUUAAAGUUAUUAAUGUAAACUGUAACUGCAAAUUGAUCGGUUUGUGGAGGAAUACAACUGCGAGGCGGUGACUCUAGUUUUCAUACAAAAUCCCCUAAUUGUGUUCUUUCAAAUGCUUUCUUGCUGCAACCUAGCAGCAGGAUGUGUCCUGUAAGUUUGUUGCUAGGAUGAUACAAUCACAAUAAACCUACGCUACGAACUAUACAAAGAUACCAACUUGAUUUUGUUAAUUGAAGAAUUCUGAAGUUUAUUAUUGGCUUCCGCUGAACUGUAAAUUACAUUAUAAGUGCAUAGGGAUUGCUUCAUGGACGAAUAAAUGAUGACAGCAAUCAAUAGCUCUGUCAGCAUACAUGUAAAAUAAAUGCCAAACUUGUCCUUUAACAUGCUUUAUGUAAAUGCAUUCACAUGCCAUGUUUUUGAUGUCAGUCAUAUUGGGGGAGGUGACAAACAGUGCUGCACUGAGCAAAACUGGUGUCCCUGGCAACACCCCCCAACAAAAUUUAGGUGAACUGCAUUGCCAGGUCUACAGACCAACUGUUAGCAUUAUCAUUAGAUCUUUGGAUAAUUUUCCCCUCAAUUUCUUUCAAAAAAUAAAAUAAAAUAAAAAAAUAUGUAUAUAUAUAUUUAUUUUUUUUCUGGGGGGUGGGGGGCUCUUUGUGGUGCCAUAGAGGCUGUCUGUGUCACCUAUAGCAAAAUCCGCCACUGGUGACAAAGAAUUCCCAAAAAGUCGAUGGGGUCCUUAAAGCCAUCCAUGUGAUAUUUACUGACCUUGUUACCAGAAAUAGCAGCAUGCUGUUUUGGAGAACAUCUCCCCUGGGUUCCUCGACCUUGGCCAUUGAACUGCACUGGUGACCGGACCCUUGUGGCUGUCUCAUGCUCCUCAUUCUUUCAGUUAGCCCUGUGUCUAGAGCUAUUCUUUGCCUUCUGUGUGCCUCAUCAUAUGUUCAAAAUCCUCAGGUCCUUAAAGAGCCUUAACUUAUCACAUGUAUAUCAAAAACAUUAGAAACAUAGAACUAUGAAGCAGCCGCGGUGAUGUUUACAUGCUGCUGUGUUGAUAGAUACUGUAUGUGAUUGGGAUCGGGGGGGGGGCAGCAUCCUUUGUGCAAUGCUGAGGAUACCGAGGUUAGUUUGAAUGGCAUUCCGCUGUUUCGCAUGGGAUAUUGGCAAUAUAUGAGGCCUGGUGCAUUUUUAUAGGUGUGUAUUCUUAUUAAAAGACAAUGCUGCUGAUCUUUUCCUUUUCCCAUAGUCUCCUGAUGCCAUGUGGGACUGCUGUGCUACAGACGUACAGUGCAGUCUGUAUGUAGCUUGUAAUCCAGUUAAGUAGUUUGUACUUUGAAGGGAAGUGUGCUGUAGGCUACUGGGUCUUGCUCAGAAUCAUGCAUCAAAGAUGUGUAAUAUACUGUUUUGUACACUUCAAAUCAUUUAUAUAAAAGAACCUUUCUAAAGAGAUGAUUUACUUGGUUUUUAUGUAAUAACUCUGUUUCAUACUGUAGCUAACUGUUGCUCAGCAUGACUGUGCUUUGUCCUCUAUCUUCUGUCCAUCUGCAAACCGACUGAAUGGCUUUAGGAACAUGCAAGGUCCAUGCAUCCGAUAGGUUUGUGUAUACUGUAUGUGUACCAUGAAAUCUGAACCACGUCUAUCAGCUCCAUGUCUAUGCUUCUGUCUCAGUCAGCCCUUCUGCGAUGUACUGGGUCUACUGUCCAUAUACGCUCUACAUGAGGGUUUCCUCUGUUGCUGUUUGUUGUUUAUACUGUGUUAAUAAAGACUAUUGAUUUAUA